GUGUGUGUAAAUGGUGGCGCUCCCUACACAGAACAAAGUAGAAAGUCCCUCUCUCUCUCUCUCUCUCUCUCUCUCUCUCUCUCUCUCUCUCACACUCAAUAAGUCACUCACUCAAUAUUAAAAAAAACACCGCUGUAGACUUCUUUAUGCGUGGAAGUUAUGCUUGGUAAUAAUUCAUGGCUAAAGGGAAGUAAAACAAUAGGGAAGGAUUAAGGAAAUACGGAAUACAGGGUUGCGGCAGUCAUGGAGGAUCAUGGGUCUGGCGCAAGUGGGAAUUGCCUUAAAAGACAACUUGCUGUAAACCUGUGUCAUCCGAAGAAGCUUUUCCUUCACUUCUGGUUCAAGUUCCUACUCCUGCUUUGUGUGGGGCUCAUCGGCUGGUUUUCCAUUCAGUCAAGCAGCUCUCUGCCAUGGUUGGAUGGGUUUUUCAAUCAGACCAAUCAGGUUAAUCUAGCUCCUCCUUACCGUGUCCAUCCAAAACACAGAUCCAAACCAAAUGAGAUCAAUGAAACCACAGAGUCCCCUACUGUGCCUCCUACAGGUACGCAGUUCCAUCAAGCCCACCCCUACAACUACCACUUCAUCAUGGAUAACAAAGAGGUGUGCAAGACCAAGACUCCUUUCUUGGUCCUGAUGGUUCCAGUGGCACCAACAAACGUGGCAGAUCGGGAAGCCAUUCGGCAGACAUGGGGCAAUGAAAGCCUGGUUCAGGGCGAGGUGGUGCUUACUCUGUUCAUGCUGGGCCUCUCUGGAGGAGCUGCUGCCGAGCAGUUGCAGGAGGAGCUCAAACAGGAGAAUCUACUGCACCAUGACUUGAUCCAGAGUGACUUUAUGGACAGUUACCUCAAUCUGACCAUCAAAACCAUGGUGAUCAUGCACUGGCUGGCCACACGCUGCCAGACAGCCCCAUACGCCAUGAAGAUUGAUUCGGACAUGUUUCUGAACAUUGACAAUCUGGUGUUGAUGCUACAGAAGCCAGGCAUCCCCAAGCUGAACUAUCUGACAGGGAUGCUCAUGUGGAACAGGCCGGUUGUCCGUUCAAAGGACUCUAAGUGGUAUGUCUCUGAGGAGAUGUACCCAGAUCCCCAAUACCCAACCUACGUUCUGGGCAUGGGAUAUGUCUUCUCCAAUGAUCUUCCGGAGAAAUUUGUAGAGGUCUCAAAAUCAAUCAAACCCUUCAACAUAGAGGACGCUUAUAUUGGAAUGUGCAUGAAGAAGCUAGGACUCGCUCCAAUAUCACCACCAGAUUCCUCCCAGUUCAAGGCCUAUAACACAAGAUAUGAUCGGUGUGAAUACUCCAAGAUCAUCACCUACAUUCUUGGCUCUUCACAAGAGUUGGUGAAAUACUGGACAGACUUGAAGAAGCCUGAGCCACCUUGUUAAGACAAUGACUACUACAGAUGCAAUGAGACAGCCCUUGGGUGAAAGGGAUUUGGUGGCAGGAAAUGGAUGUUUAUGGAUUUCUGUACUCAUAUAGGAUUCACAUGCCAUCUCAUUUUGAGAAAGAAGCAUUGGGAUCACCCAUGUGGAAAAGUGACAGGGGUUUCCUGAAAAAUGGCAUGACAGUAAUAAAGAGAAGAGAAGUCCUUUUUUUGUACCUGUGUGUAUUUAAAAUGAAUUAAUCAAUUUUUCUGUCAUUCUGAGAGUGGAAAUGUGAAUGAGUUAAAUUAAAACUGAGCUGAGGAGCUUUUUACCACUAAUGGCGUUGUCGAAGGAUGUAUUGUUUUAUUGGUUGUACCUGUAGGUUGACAAAGCCAAACUAUUCAACACACCUCGGAAACUAAUUUACAAGUGUCACAAAACCUUUCAUAAAUAUUGCACUUUUUUUAGCAUGUUGUCUGAAUGUAAAUCGAAUGUAAUUGUAAUGUAUUUGCUACAAGGGGUUGUGAUAGGUAUCAUGAACUUGAAUAGUAAUAUUAUUAUGCAGCAAAGUGUGGUUCUGAACAGCCUAGUUUUCUAUCUCUGAGGAUCCCCAAAGUUUGUUUGGUUACUUUUUUGAGAUGUUUUUUUUUUCCUGCGCUUUAUUUGAUGUUUUCUUAGUUUUUGGUUUUCCAGUGCUUAUGAAGCUUUUUCCAACAUUUUUGUCAAAUUUUUCCAUGUUCUUUUAUCUAGUUUUAUUUUUUAUUUUUUUUAUUCAAAUGCUUUAAAAUUGAGACAAACAACACCCAAACUCAUUGAACGUAGGUAAUUGAUCCUUUAUUGUAUUUGUGAAUAGCGUUUCAUGUAAACAUUUGAUUUAUUGUGGAAAAAAAAAAAAGAAACCCAUUUCUGGUAUAGAAACUCGGGUCAAAUUUCAACCGAGUACAACCGGAAGGUUAAGGAGCUGUUCUCGACGUUCAAGACAUUAAAAUGGCUGUAAACAACUACAGUGGAGAGAAUGAGCAGCGAAUGAAGUCACACUGUGUGUGCCGUAAUCUGAUCUUCUCUGGUUUUUUUGAAAGGUGUCAAAUUGCUGGAACUGUAUGACCUUUAUCCUUAUAGCCUGCACUUUUUGUACAAAAUUAUUGUUAUGCUGCUGUACAUGUCUAUCCUGCUGCUUAAGGGAGGAGGGUGCAAACACGAAAGCAGUCAGAUCAGUGUUGAACAAGAUGCCAAAUGCGUUGAAGGGAGACGUUUACUAUCUUAAUAGAUAUAUAUUUAUUGUAUGUAGGGCAACAACUCUCAGCUCUUGUUUUUCUGUUGUCCUGAAAUGGACUGGGAAGUUGAGGAUGUUUAAUUAAAAGCAACAGGAAAUUCCUAAAACAAGCUGUGACUUGUGAUGAGCCAUUCACGGCACAGAGCACGCAGGGAGGUAAUGCUAACACUGGAUUUGCAGAACAGAAGUCUAUAACAGAAUUCGGUCCCCUUUAAAGACAAUUCCAAGCUUUGCGAUGACGUAAGUGAGUUUAUAAAGUAAGUUUGAUAAAGUGAGUUUAUUUACUGUAUGCCAUUGGGCGAGCAAUGAUUACUUGUCUGACUGGUUAAGAUGUGCGGUUACAGCCAUUCCCUCUAAACAAACUUUAAAAGAUAUCCUGUGUUGCAACACUUGAUCUAAGGAAACAUGAUAUGCAGAGCAUUGUGCCAGGAACAAGUGAGUGCACAUUCUCAGGAAAAACUUAAACAACAAAACACCUGAGGAAUAAACUUAGACUAUGAGAAUGGAUUGAUAUUUCUCUCAAAUGUAGAGAUGUAGGCUACACCUAUUCCCUCUGAUACCAACAAAGCACACAUUUAAGUGAAUCCAAUAUCUGUUGUCAUUAAGCUCAUUAUACUAUAUAUGACAUUUGUACUUCUUAAAAACUGCAUUUUUUGAUGAUGACAUUAUUUGGACAACUGUUUAUUCCAGCAUAACAAUACAUGCAAAAUUGCACUCAGGAUAUAGUUCACAUAGUUUCCUUUUCAGUAAAGAAGAUCUACAUUGUUAGCCAUCUGUAGGUUAUAGAGAGGGGCAAGUCCCAACUUUUUAAUACAACAGCACUAUUAGUAUACUCUGAAAACUGUCUGAAUCAACCCUUAAAGGGAUGUUUUUGUACUUUAUUAAGUGAAUUAGCAACAGGUGGAUGCAUAGACGUGUGUUAUGUUAUAUUGAUGCAACAUAGUAUGUUUAUAUACUACGUGUAUAUUGGCAUUGAAAUAGAAUAUAUUUGAAAAAAAUGAAAAACAUUUUGAAAAUCUUGAUUUAUCACAGCUAACACAUUUCACCAUUACUCUUUAAUCAGGUAGACUCUAUUUAUAUUCACCAGGGUGUGCUUUUUCAGUGUUUGGUGUCGCUCAACAGGACACCUUCUCAAGGAGAAGUUAUAUAACAAGAGACCAUAUAAGAGACCAUGCGGAGACCCCAAUAAGUUAGUUUGAAAUCUGUUUUAGUUGAUUCAUUGUUUAUGUCCUUUGAGUUGUAUCUACAUGCUAUGCAUCCUAAUUUAUUGUGUGGAUCUGACGUCAUGAAUUGUAUAUUUUGGAGCUGGGUGAUUGGCCCUAUACUUACCUGUGUGGUACAUUGUAAACCAGUAAGUAAGAUAAACAGUUAGUAUUUAGCGAAAGGGGUUUUAUACUCUGUUAUCUUGUACUUACUGAUCCUGAUGAAGGUUAAAAGGGUUUGUUCGUUAGAAAAUGGAUGCAUUAAAAAUGUAUGCUAAAUCA